GCACAUUUUCUAUCAAAACAGAAGCAGUGAGUGAUGAGAGCAGGACAGGUUUCACUUUCUCUCUGUGUCGGUAAUUAUUCAGCAGGCGAAAUUAAAAAUAAAUGCACGGCAUCAUUUUGGUGAUUGCCACCGCCAAACAGUAGAUUAUUAAAAAGCCGAAAACAAAAACAUCGUCCUGUGGUGCGAACAGCAAACAGUCUAGGGCUUUGUGCGAUAGUAUUUCGCUGGCAAAUAAUGAUAAGCUAUUCAUAGUGGAGUAAAAAAAAUCUGUUUGCGUUGGCAGGUAGCUGCGAAGAAAAGGUGAAAAUCGGACGAAAGGACAAUCGAAGCAAAUCGGGAUGAAUCUUUCAGUUUGUAACACUACGGGGAAAGGAGUGCUGUACAUAGGAUUUAACCAGGACCAUUCUUGCUUCGUGUGCGCCACUGACAAUGGAUUUCAGGUGUAUAACACGGAUCCGCUGAAAGAGAAAGAACAGCAGUACUUCCCAGAUGGAGGUGUUGCCCAGGUGGAGAUGCUUUUCCGCUGCAACUAUGUUGCAUUGGUGGGCGGUGGAAUCCGACCGUUGUAUCCUCCCAACAAGGUGAUGGUGUGGAACGAUAGCAAGAAGCAACCCGCAAUAUUGCUUGAUUUUACUGCACCCGUGAAAGCUGUCCGUUUGCGGAGAGAUCGGAUUGUAGUGGUCCUGGAGGGAAUCAUCAAAGUGUACACUUUCACACAGACGCCAACGCAGCUGCACGUGUUUGAAACAAGCCAGAAUCCGAAUGGAUUGUGCGCUCUCAGUCCCAGUAACAGAUAUUCGAUUUUAGCGUUCCCAGGCCGAAGAACUGGUCAUGUACAGAUAGUUGAUCUUGGUAACACAGAAAGGGCUCCGCUGGAAAUCGUUGCACACGAGACUGCAAUCAGCUGUCUCGCUCUUAAUGUCGAGGGAAACAGGCUGGCUACCGCUAGUGAUCGCGGUACACUCAUAAGAAUCUUCGAUACGACCAACGGCAGUAAGGUGGCUGAGCUUCGGCGUGGCUCCAAUCAGGCUAAAAUCUACUGCAUCAACUUCAACCGCCCGGCAACGGCUCUUGUAGUUUCGUCAGACCACGGCACCAUUCACGUUUUCACCCUUGAAGAGCCUAGGACCAAAGAAUCGUCCAGCAUUCUGAGAAGGUAUUUCACGAGUCAGUGGUCGUUCUGCAAGUUUUCGAUACCCCAGGGAUCGCCCUGUAUUUGUGCCUUCGGCGUCGAGAAGAACUCGGUCGUAGUGGUUUGCGCCGAUGGACACUAUUACAAGUUUAUCUACAACAGCAAGGGCGAAAGCAGUCGCGAGGUGUGUUCUCAAUUCCUAGAAAUGAGUGACGAUCACACAUAAAGCCAUUGAUGGAAUGAGGACAUUGUUAAUUUUAAACUGAGAACAAUUAUAUGGUUAUGCUGAGAAGGUGUGGAUCACUUCAGUUACGUCAUUCUUUCCACUAAAUUGGAUAUUGCGGAGGGAACUGCGAGGCAUACAACUGAUGGACUAUUCAAAGUUAGAGCAAAUACAAAUAUUAUCAGAAUAUUAUUAUUGCAACCAUUAUAGAGAUAACAUUAUUAUGUAUGUCGUACGAUAUAAAACAAGAAAAAUACUUAUAUUGAGCGAAAAUAUUCAAUAAACACUUUUGUUGAAACACUAAGGAAGAUAAGUUCUUCUAAGAAUAAUUAAAAACUAGCAUUUGUUUAUAUUUUAACAGUCGAUGUAUAAAAAAUUAAAU